ACAGUUUGUCAAUGGCUUCAUUGUGGUGAGGUUGUUAUUUUGUUCGACUAUUGGUAAACGCGAUAGUUGAAUGAAAAAUUAUUACAAAAUUAAUACGAAGCCAAUAAGUCUCAAUAACAUUAAGUACCGUAGAAACUUAGGAGCCGCAACUUCUUACCACAGUGGUUCGUACCAGUCACCGCCAUGAUCGAUGUGGAAAACAAAGAUGGCGGAAUAAUACGGUGAUCCCAAAUAGGCAAACGUAUAAAAUUGUAGUAGUAAUGUGCGGUGGCGAGUGGAGUAUUGUGUGGUGUCGCGGUGUCUAACAAAGAGAAGCUCGAUGGUCCGGCCGGGGUGAUGCCGCCGCGGCCAGCGGCCGGCCGCGGGGCUAUGGCGGCUGCAGAUGAUCGUCCGCCGCUCGCAUUAUUUACUGCCGUCUACGACUACGUAGCGCAGGGCGAAGACGAGCUCUCUCUUCGUCGAGGCGAGAUCGUCGAAGUUUUGUCUAAAGAUGCCAAUAUAUCGGGAGACGAGGGCUGGUGGACAGGUAAAAUUGGGGACCGCGUUGGCAUAUUUCCGGCGGUUUACGUGACCGAGGAGGAUCCGCUGGCAGUCACUUCGGUGAUCGGGGACGUCGAUCCUCCUCGGGUGUCAUUCUCGGAGCUGAAGCUUGAGGAAGUGAUCGGUGUGGGUGGUUUCGGUAAAGUGUAUCGUGGUUAUUGGAGUGACGAGGUGGUUGCUGUGAAGGCAGCAAGACAAGACGCUAACGAGGACAUUGAGGUGAUCAAAGAGAGUGUUUUGCAAGAAGCCAAACUAUUUUGGAUGUUACAACAUGAGAAUAUUGUGUCUUUAAAAGGUGUGUGCUUGGAAGAGCCUAAUCUGUGUCUGGUCAUGGAGUAUGCUCGAGGUGGUCCUCUUAAUAGAGUACUCUCAGGUCGGAAGAUUCGACCGGGGAUCCUCGUAGACUGGGCUAUUCAAGUGGCUAGAGGCAUGGCUUAUCUUCAUGUGGAUGCUCCAAUUUCACUCAUUCACAGGGAUUUGAAGAGUUCAAAUGUUCUUCUGAGUGAAACCAUUCUGCCAGAUGACAAUCUAGAGACCAAAACACUCAAAAUCACCGACUUUGGACUUGCCCGGGAGGUUUACAAGACAACCAGGAUGUCCGCCGCGGGAACAUACGCAUGGAUGCCACCCGAGGUGAUAAAGAACUCGACGUUCUCGCAUGCGUCGGACGUUUGGUCGUACGGCGUGCUGCUGUGGGAGCUGCUCACCGGAGAGACACCAUACAAGGGCAUCGACGCCCUCGCCGUGGCCUACGGAGUGGCCGUCAACAAGCUCACCCUGCCCAUACCCAGCACGUGCCCGGAGCCGUGGCGGGUGCUCAUGGAAGCGUGCUGGCACUCGAACCCCCGCGAGAGGCCUCUGUUCCCGGAGAUCCUGGAGCAGCUGGAGAGGAUCAGACAGUCGGAAUUCACGCGCGCGCCGCACGAGUCCUUCCACACCAUGCAGGACGGCUGGAGGGUCGAGAUCGAGGAGGUGCUUCGGGAUCUGAGGCGGAAAGAAAAGGAGCUUCGAUGUCGCGAGGAGGAGUUGACGCGGGCGCAACUGCAGCAGCGGCUCGUGGAGCAGAACCUGGCGCAGAAGGAGAGGGAACUGGAGAUGAGGGAGAUAGACCUCGCAGCAAGGGAGCUGCAUAUCCUCAUCUUCGCGAGCAACAUGUCCCAACAGCCGCCACAGCCGAAUAAACGUAAAGGCAAAUUCAGUAAGAUCCGACUGCUGAAGAAGGACACGAUAUCGUCGCCGCUCGACUUCCGACACACCCUCACUGUGCGGCCUUCAGACGACGAGUGCAGCAUGAAGCAGCUGGUCGCCGUCGCCAAGAACACCCCGCCUGGCUCGCCGCCUAUCAUGCGUGCCAUUGCGCUGCCGGCCGAUGGCGUGAAGGGCAAGACGUGGGGCCCGUCCACGGGGCAGGUCCGCACUCGCACGCAGCUGCCGCUGCCGCUGCCGCACCGGCCGCACCGGCCCUCCACCUCCGCGCCGCACCUGUCGCCGCCGCACCGCAUGGCGCCGCACGAAACGGAACGAACCGCAAGGCUUAUUACGAUAGACACGAUCGAGGAAACGAAACGAAAGUCACGUAAGUCGAAAUCGCAAGUGCGAAUCGGCAAAGCGGAGCUCGCUAAGAAACGCAGCGGCAGUCACGACGACUUGCUCUACGAGAACGAGGGGCCGCGCCGCAACCGGUUCCUCCUCUGUCCCAUGUUCACCUCCACGGCCGACCUGCCGCACCACUACGACACGGUCUUUGACAUCCCCGACAAGUCGCGCAAGGGCUCCCAUGGCGAUAUCAAAAAGAAUUUCCUUAAGAGCAUCCGCUCCAACAGUCUCGCGGGCCUUCUGGCAGUCGCGGGCAACCUCUCCUCCGACACCACUGAGUUGCUUAGGGACGAGUGACUUUGACAGCUGUCAUGCCCGUGACAGCUGUCAAAGUCAGUCAGCUGUGUAAUCUGACAGUACAAUCGUGUUGCCAUAUCGUAUAGACAUAUCAUUGUUGUGAACAUUCCGCGAUAAAUUCAUUUCAUUCAGCUCAAAAAUUAGUAUUUCCAAUUUCUGUUCCAAAACUCGUCCUUUAGCAAUUAGGUAUGUAAAUACGUUAAUGUUCCAUGGAUUUGAUUUUAGCUAAUAAGGUUAUUAUUAUAAAUUAAAAUGAUAAAAAAAGACUUAUUUUUCAUAGUGGUAAUUAGGUCUAUUGUUUGAUAGAAAUAAAUCCUUGGUACUGUCAUCCACACAACUUGGUACCAGUGGGUCACUAGCAUUAAGUUAUGCUGAUAAGACAUGCAUAAAUAUAGUUCCAUUACGAUUCUCAUAAAUAUGUUAAGAGUGUAGCCAAUAAUUAUACAGGGUUCCAAAUGUCAAUAUCUAAAUAUGGUUCAUGUAAAUACACAACAGGACAGGAAAGCUAUUUGAACUUUAAAAAAUAUCGAUAUUUGUAUUGUGAAGGAAAAAUAUGAUUUUAACAUUUCGAUUUGGCUUAAUAUAAUUUAUUUGAAAUGCAUUUAUCAUAAUAUUAUGUCAAAAAACAGUCGCAUUAUCUUGACUAUAGUUCGUUUUGAAGUAUGAAUUGCAUUUAAGUCAAUCCUAAUAUUUAAUAAAUUAUGUUUAGUGUUGGCAGCACUAUACCAUACAGUUGCCAGAUUUAUACUACUGUAGUUUUAGUAGAAGUAUAGUUAUUGUUUAAGCUAGUAAAUUAUUAGUGAUUUUUGGAUGUUCCAAAAAGACUUGAUUAUUUUGUAACAGAUGAAUCUAGAUGAGCUUGCCAAAUUCUGUGCUAUGUAAUAACACACUGCAAAAUGUUUGCAUAAUAAAAAUAAUUUACAAAUACAACAAAAAAAAAGUGCGAUUUUGCCGUGUGUUAUUCAUAGAUAUUAAUACCUGACAAAAAUUUUCUUGCUGCCCUAAAGGAUCGACAGACAAUCUUCCAUAUCCUUGUAAGUAUAUUUGAACGUUAAGUAUUCCUCUAAAGAUCCAUAUACAAUUUUGAAUUGUUUUUUAAAAUGUCACAAAUACGAAGCGAUGACAGAUUAGGUAUUAAGUUAAAGUACUGAUUGUUUACUUUGAAUGUUGUGUCUGUGUUUACGCCGUAGGUUUUUUAUAUAUUAUAUUUUUUUUUUGUGAAUUGUAAGCAUUUGUUUGCUUUCAGCCUGAUUUUGUUUUGUCUAGUUAUUAUUAGAGCUAUGCAUGCUUUUCUCAGUUGAUAGAUAUGCUAUAAUGCAGUAUAGAUUAUUAUAUAAUUAUUAUAUAUUUGUACUUACUCAUUUAGUGUGCAUUUCGCUUGGAUAUUUUCACACUGACGUCAUAUGGCACGCUUGCAAAUGUUUACAAUGGUUUAAUUUAUUGUUCCUGGUAGUCUGUUUGAUAUGGUAUAGUAUUUUCUUUAAUUAACGCGAGUGUUACCCGUUUAAAUAAAAUACUUUUGAAAGGAUUAAAACGCGUGUAAUUGUAACUGUGUUUACAUUAGAUUUUUGCGCAAAAGUUACAAUUUUAUUUUCUUUCCAGAUCUCUUUUUUAGGGGGACUGCAGAUGAAAUGAGUCAAAGAUAGUAUUUGUCAUAGUUGCCAUUAUGAAGUUUAGCACCAUUUAUUGCCUCGGAGGUGGUAUGUGCUAAAAUUGAAAAUGUCGGGUUAACUAAAAUAAAAAUGUAACUUUUACGCAAAAAUCGAAUGUAAAAACAAUUAGGUACAAUUACACGCGUUUUAAUCCUUUCAAAGUGUUUUGUUUAAAUGAUAUUAGUAUAUUUUUUAUAGUACGAGAACUUAUGUUCAAAAUUUUUCGACAUACAAAAGUAUUUUUAAUUCAAUAUAUUUUUAUUUUUUUGACAAUCUUUAAUCAGACAGGCUCUCAUGGCUAGAUUAGAAGUACAGGAUGUAUUAAAAAGCUGUAAAAUUGGAUAAUAACAGUGUUUCCUCGGUGGUGGAACUGACAUGCGAGAGGCUCAAUAAUUAACCAGAGCAACAGAGCUGUUCAAUGUUGCUCUGUACAUUUGUUAACAGAAUUUAAAUCUAUUUGGUGAUCCGGUCUCUAUGUAGUCUAUAACAUAUUAUAUAUUAUACCAAUAAACCUUUUCCAUAAAUCAAUAA